CAAGAAGCGAAGAGACCGUGAGAAGACACCUUUCCACUGACACUGAGGGAUGGAGCCUGGGCCAAGGAGGAGCUUCAGCUUGAAAUGGUUUGGUGGGAAAUGGGGUUUAUAAGGGGAAGCGGCUUUCUAUUAUAGGAAGGAGGUGGUGGGAGAAUUCUAGGCAAAGAUUAAGAAUGUUAGUAAGAACAGGUCCAGGGUGACAGGAGGAUGAACAAAAGGGAAGGGAAAUUAAGAGGAAAGACAGGGCCUGCAUUUGUGUUGGUGCGGAUGAAUUUCGGGGGAGGAAGAGUGCAGGGAUUUGGGGGUGGACUGGGAGUUGUGACAAGGACACGUAUGGGAGUGUCUGUUCAGUGGGGGAGAAUGAUUCAGUCCCAAGGUUCCAAGAAAAGCAAAAGCUAGUGGAUGUAUCUGCUUGCAUUGUCCUUUUGGGUGCUGAGUGCUCCACUAUGCUAGAAGCUGUUGGCUGGUCCCUAUCGGAGAAGAGAGCAAGUGUCCGUCAGUCAGUCAGCUUUCUCUCCAGACUGAACCUUACACUUUUUUAAAAAAUUAUUUAUUUAUUUAUUUAGUCAUUUAUUUUUGGCUGUGUUGGGUCUUCAUUGCUAUGUGCGGGCUUUCUCUAGUUGCGGCGAGAGGGGGCUACUCUUUGUUGUGGCACACAGGCUUCUCAUUGCGGUGGCUUCUCUUGUUGUGGAGCACGGGCUCUAGGCGUGUGGGCUUCAGUAGUUGUGGCACGUGGGUUCAGUAGUUGUGGCGCACGGGUUUAGUUGCUCCGCGGCAUGUGGGAUCUUCCUGGACCAGGGCUUGAACCCGUGUCCCCUGCAUUGGCAGGCUGAUUCUUAACCACUGUGCCACGAGGGAAGUCCUGAACCUUCCACUUUUUGAGAGCACAGACUGUCUUCAUCAGUGCACCGUUCCCCACAGAGCCUAGGAUGGCACUGGGCACGUGGCAGAUUUUCACAAACUGAUAAUUGAUUCAUGGCAGGCAAGAAGGAAAAUUUCAGUAUCGGCAAGAGGCUAGUUGUGGACUUUUCAGAGCAGUGGAAAUUUAACCUGAAAAUUAACCACACAGUUACAAAGAAGGUGAAAGCCAUCGAAGAUUUUAUGAUCAAGAAUGAUUUCUAAUGCCACGAUUUUACCGAAAGAAAACUGUGUCAGUUAAUUAACUUCUACAGUAAUUUGUUAGCUGUUCAUUAUACUCUCCUGUUUUGACUAAUGAAAACAUUUAGAGCUGCAUCUUUAUGAAAACUAAGUAGUCCAGGCAGUUUGACUGUCUUAGAAUAAUUAGAGAAUUUUGCAUCGUCAUCCAGUGGGAUGCCUACCUCUCCCUGUGCAGCGUCACAGAAUACUUUUUCUGUUUCCUCUUCCUUCCCUCGUUAGUGUCUGUUAUUUAAGCCCAACUCCUCAACAUAUCACCAUAAAACAUUUUACAGACAUUUAUAGGACUGAUGUGGCUGAACUAAACUAUUAUUAAUUUACUAAUUAGGAUGGUAAGAAGACAAAUUUUAUCCUUAUGUGAGAUGAUUUAGGGAAAUUUAUCAUAUUAGGGCUUAAAGUUGUUUUUCUAAUUUACAUGAAGGACUAAACCAGGAAAGGCAAAUUUGUGGUAAAUAUGCUUCCCUCAGCCCUUCUGUCCCCAUGAUACACAUCCGUAAUUUAUAAUGCCACUCUUUUCCUCUGAUCCUACGUAUAACUUCACGAUUCUUCUCAACACAGCACUAUAGACAGCAAGAGGUUGGGAUUGGCAUGAAAGAUGAACUAGACAGGUAACAGCUCCUAUAAGACUGUAAACCCCUCACGAGUAGGCACCAGGUCCUUUGUAAAUGGAUUUUGGAAUGAAUGAUGGACAGAGAAAUUGAUGAAUUAAUGGCUGCUUGAAUGAUAUUUCAUUUUUUUUUCCAAAACUGGUCCAGGAAAGCCUUGGGAUACUUGCAUCUCUGUGUUGUAGGGAGUGUGCUUUGUACCACCACGUGCCUGUGAACACUAGCUCAUUGAAUGAAAUUGUAGGAAAAAGAACUUAGAGAAUAUCUAGUGACAACUUUUCAGUUUUACAGAGAUGAAAAUAAAGUGCAGAGAUGGCCUCCAUCUAAAGGGCAGGCUCCGAAGGCAGAGCCACUCUGUCGUUUUCCACGCCUUACUGACUGCAUGGCCUUUGGCCUUUACGUUGCUUCUUCAUCUGUAAAGUGGGAAGAGUGGUCUUGUCUGCCUUGCAGGGUUAUUGUGAAGCUUUAGCAAGAUAAGGAAUUACAAAGUGCUUAGUGUAGUGCCUGGCAUAUGGUAAAUACUAAAACAAAAUAUUAACUUUCUCCUUUUUCCUUCCUUUUCAUUAAUAUUAGCUGAACCAGUGAUGGUACUGUAAGUAGUUUUAUUAUAAGGUUUAUCAUAUUAUGUUAUGCUGUGUUCCCCCCCACCACGUCUUUCAAUGAAUUGGAAGCCUAUGCUAAACCAUCCCCAUUUUAUAUACAUAGAAACUAAGACAAAGAGAAUAUAGGAAUGGAUUCUUAUUAAAUAAGAAUGAAACAUUUUUUUAUAUGGAAAAUGUAACAUUCCUAAAUUCAUUGCUCUUUUCUUUGGCUAAUCAUCUUGUUUCAUAAUACAUAACAUGCUUCAUAGAAAAUGUAUUUAUAAAAGUUGUCAUUAAAUAAUGCAGGGCUGAAAUUUAAUAAAAAAUGAGUGCACUGAAUUGUCCUUUAAAAAAGCCGCAAUGUUUACAUUGUAUAUUCCAACCUUCAGGUCAUUCAUUAGUUGGGGAGGUGAAGGGCUUUAUGUUGGUUGCCAGGAAGCACACAAAGGCAGCAGGGAGGGCUGAAACAAACAAGGCCACAUUGCUGGGAAGGUGGCCUUCAGAGGCAAGCGCUUCACUGGGGCGGAAACCUUGCAGCUGUGUUACCUCACACCUCCACACAAGAAAAUGGACUUUAAAACCACAACAUGUGAAUAGAAGCAAGGUUAGCCAAAGAGAUUUUGAGAAAUUGCUUUUCUAAUGCAUUUAAAAUGAGUAUUAGAUGUUGCAUUCUGUGUCAGUUUCUAUAAACACAGGGGAAGCUUUUACACUUUUUAAAGUCAAGCCAGGUUAAACAGAGUAUAAGGAGGGGAUGUUUUAAAACAAUUCAACAGUGGGUUUUGAAAAUAAACUGCGGAAUUAAGGAAGUGUGGGGGUUGGGAGCUUUCAUUCCCUACCUCUGGGCUUGAACUUUUUGCCUCCUAAUUGAGUACCUUGAAAUGUACUUUGAUUCUGGAAUUCGAUUGCUAAGUUGUUUCUUUUCAAAGGCACCUGUUGAAGGAAAAGAAAAAGAAAAAUACUUAGAGAGUUGACUGCUCUUAAAAUGACGGCUGUUAAAAAGAGGUAAAGCCAUUAUGAGUUGCCAGAAUGCUACACUUGAGUUGAACAAAGGAUCCCAGCCCGGGCCAGAGAACCCAGAGAGAAUUUCACAAGGUGAAACUGCAGAGGAAGAUGCCUGCAUAGCCCUGCUUGAAAACCAACUCAGCCUGGGCGACUUUGUCCAAAUACAAAGAGCCUUUGAGCCCUCAGAGCCAAGUCAAACCAUUUGUAUGUCCAGAGAAGAGUUUGUGCAGACGAUGACAGAGAUUGUUGGUUGGGGCACAAAGGAAGAAUAUGGAGAGCUGUUUGAUAAAGUGGAUGUGGCCCACGAUGGCUGUAUUAAUUGGGACAAGCUGACUUCAUUUGUGCUGUUAACACUUUAUGAGAAAGAUGAACAAGCAAAGGCAAUGGUGGUUCCCCAGUGGAAAGACCUUGAAUGCCUCCCAGUGAAACGCAAGGACACCAUUCAAAAAGUAAUUUUCUUAAAAAGUUCAAGUCGUUAUCUGAUCAUCAGGAAGGAAGGUGUAGUAGGAAUCUGGGGAGAGCAUUUAAAGCUGCAAGAAAUGCUUCCCAUCACUUCAGAUGCCAACAAGCUUAAACACCUGUGGCUGACAAGUAUGGCUUCUCUGGAAAAUGUAAACAAGGUGGCUUUUACAAGAAAACAGAUUUGUUUCUAUGAUCUGCUGUCCUAAGAAGAAUUUCCUUGUCCAUAUAAACUCCAAGGCCUGAAAGGAACACCAGUUUGCAUGGAUUAUUGGUACGACCCUUUUGACGCCAAAGAGUCAAUUCUUUCUCUUGGGGACAUAACUGGAAAGGUUCAAGUAAUUGCUUUCACAACGGCCUUGAUUUCCCUUUUUGAGCAUCCUGCUGGUGCAGGUGAAGAUGAAGAAGCAACUGUGACCAUUAACUGGGCAGAGCCGUGCUCUGGACGUCACAAAUGUUGCUAUACGUUAGGGCACAAACUUCAUUGUGGAGACUGGGUCAGACAAGUUACUUACAGUGCGUCCUUAGAUGCUAUUAUUUCCAGUACAACCAGCAAUACGAACACUGGGGUGCUGGCAUGGAGAGAGAAAUCAAAAAAGCGUCUUAAAAUGACAUCCUUCAACAUUGCCCAGGGCAUUCGUGCUUUUGAUUACCACUCUCGUCUCAAGUUAAUUGCAACUGCUGCCUUUAACAAUGAAGUUUGCCUUUGGAACCCCUAUGUUGUCUCUAAGCCGGUUGGUGUCCUUUGGGGUCACUCAGCCAGUGUAAUAGCUGUCCAAUUCUUUGCUGCAAGAAAACUUUUCAUCUUCUCCAAAGAUAAAGUUUUGAGACUCUGGGAUAUUCGGCACCAGCUGUCCAUCCAGAGGAUAGCUUGUUCUUUCUCCAAAAGUCAGGACUUCAGGUGUCUCUUCCACUUUGAUGAAGCCCACGGACGGCUUUUCAUCUCGUUUAAUAACCAGCUAGCAUUGCUGGCAGUGAAAAGUGAUUCCGGCAAGAGGGUGAAAAGCCACAAGAAAGCAGUCACUUGUGUGCUUUACAAUUCAGUCUUGAAGCAGGUAAUCAGUUCUGAUGCGGGGUCGACGGUUUCCUUCUGGAUGAUAGACACUGGGCAGAAAAUCAAACAGUUUACUGGUUGCCAUGGCAACGCAGAAAUCAGCACAAUGGCCCUCGAUGCAAAUGAGACACGGCUUUUGACUGGCAGCACAGAUGGGACUGUAAAGGUCUGGGACCUCAAUGGCUAUCGUCACCACACACUAAAUGUUGGGCAAGAGGGAGCUGUGGAUAUUUCACACAUCCUGGUUCUUAAGAAGAAAAUCCUGGUUACAGGCUGGGACAGAUUGAUUACCCAUAAAAACUUCAAUCAGUUUUUCAUCCAGCCUGAAGAAUGGAAGGGAGGAGUACAACACCGUAAUGAUAUCGUACGCACUGCAUUUUUACCUCCACAAAUUCUUGUUACAGGGAGCUAUGAUGGAGAAACUGUCCUGUGGAACAGUAGCACAGAAAAUGCUCACUAUAUCCUUCACCCUGAUUAUCAGCGGCUGCUAAAAUCCAAAUCGGAUAGAGAGCCUCAAAAGCUUCCUGGUGCCGGGAGGAGCUGCUUCACCCACCCCAUGGCUGACCAGGCCACUCUGGGAGCCUGUUCCUUUGAGACAGACACUGAGUGCAAUAAAGCUGUUAUGAGGCUUUGCUUCCUUGAAGCAAGAAAAAACAUUGCAGCCACAGGGGGUGCCAACCUGGUGUCUUGUGGAGGAUCUGGGUAUGUCAGAUUCUGGGAUACAUUUAAGACACUUCUGGCUGAAUUUUUGGCUCAUAACGUUGUUGGUUCCAUUAUUGUGUCUACUGAUAAGUCAAAUUGAUAACUCGCCACAGGAGAUCUUGAGGGGUGGUUGAAAAUCUGGAAUACAGAGGUACGUUGAAAAAAUUCUAACAGUAUCUUUAUAAUUUUUGACUGCCUUUUGUUACAGAUAACUAUGAAUCAGGUCUUGUCUGUUUUCUAGAUAAAGGAAG